AAGGCCAGGAUAAACUUUCGACCUCUUGACCUUUCAGAUCUGGCUGUCGCAAGCGAAGAAGCGACCGACGCCGGUGGUGGCGACGUUGCCACGCCGACCCCGGCUCGAGGCGCCCGGCGGGCAACACCGGCCGGGCCGGCGCUGGGCACAGUGAGGAGGGGCACGAGGCAGCGCGGUGUCGGGGUGCCCCGCAUCGUGGGGGGCACGGAGCCCCCCCGCGGCGCGUUCCCGUGGCUCGUGUCGGCGCGCCUCCGUGGGGCGCACGCGUGCGGCGCCGUGCUGGUGGCCCGCAGGUGGGCGCUCACGGCGGCGCACUGCUUCCACAGGAGCAAACGUGAGGACGACUGGGCGGCCGUCCUGGGGGAACAUGACCUGGUGGAGACCGAUCCCUUCGAGUCGACCAUCGCUAUCAACCGCAUCAUCAUCCACCCGCACUACGACCCUCGCUCCUUCGACUGCGACGUGGCGCUCCUGGAGCUGGCUCAGCCGGCACCGCUCAGCGCCCACGUCUCCACGCUCGCCCUGCCCCCCAGCAGCCUCCAGCUCCCGCCCGGCACCCCCUGCACCGUCGCAGGAUGGGGCACCCUGCAGGAAGGUGAGCGGGCACGAGCAGUUAUGAGGGGCCUGAGGCCGAUAGGAGGGGAAGGGUCUAAGUCCGUAUUGCAUAUUGCAACGAAAAUUACGAAGUCAACAAACAUCAUGAUUUAUUUAGCUAUCCCGUUGGUCAAUCGACUUCCUAACGGGCCCGGCUCCCGGGUGCUGCUCGCCGCGCGGCUGCCCCUGCAGCCCCAGUCGCUGUGCCGCUCUGCGCUGGGCCCGGCCCACGUCACGGCGGGGAUGCUGUGCGCCGGUCGCAUGGACGGCGCCGCCGACACCUGCCAGGGCGAUUCCGGGGGGCCCCUGGUGUGCAGCCCCCCAAACCCAUCGCGGGACCCUUCCGCCGCCACCGCCGCCCCGGUGCUGCUGGGCGUGGUGUCGUGGGGGGACGGCUGCGCCGAGGUGGGGAAGCCCGGAGUGUACGCGCGCGUGCCUCGCUUCUCGCACUGGGCCCGGCAGCAGAUGGCGCUUCCCCCGGGGAGCCGGGAGCCGACGUGCGCGGAGCUGAGACAACUUCGCGCCGUCGAGGCCGGUCCACUGCGCGAGAACAGAGACUCCCAGCUCUGCUCCUUCUACUCCCGGCCCUGCCGCCCCUCGCAGAUGCCCCCGGGCGCCCCCUCGGCCCCUCAGCUGGGUUUCCCGGCGGCCGGCGACGAGUGCCAGCGUGCGUCUCGCAUCUCCUGCGCCAAGAAGAAGCGGGCGUGUGAGUUGCGGGAUGUACUGGGGGGCCUGGUGCGAUCCCUGGGUCGGGAGUCGGAGCUGAGGAGGAGACACGGGGGCUUCCCGGGGCCUCUGAGCGCCCCCAUCUCCCACCCACUACAACAGCAGCAACAGGAACAGCAGGAGUGGGAAGAACUGCAGCAGAUACAGCAGUGGGAGCAACAGGAGGAUGAGAAGUGGCAACGACAGCAGCAGCCGCAGCGGGGAGUGCGACAGCAGCAACCAGAACAACAGGUGCAGCAGGAACAGCAGCAGCAACAGCAGCAGCAGCAACAGCCACAGGGACAGCAGCAGCAGCAACUGGAACAGCAACCUGAACAGCAACAGCAGCCGCAGCAGCAGGAACAGCAGCCAGAACAGCAGCAACGGCGGGUAUUUAAAGUGACUGAACUUCUGGAACCGCUGAAUCGGAGACAACAUAUGCUCGGGCGACAGCAACCAGACCUCAUUCACAUGCAGCACCUACAGCUAGAGCAGCAACAACAACAGCAACCACGACAUCAACAACAGGCGCAGCAUCAACUGCAACAUCAGCUACAACAACUGCAGCAGCAGCACCAAACGAUUCCGCUUCAGCAGCAAAUGAAUCAAACUCGGCAGAAGCAGCAAACGAAUCAGAGCCAGAAGCAGCCGAAUCUAACCGAGCAACGACAUCAACCGAAUCAGAUUCAACUGCAGCAGAAUCAAACCCAGGACGAACUGAAUCAGAUGCAACUGCAGAAGAAUCAAACCCAGGAAGAACUGAAUCAGAUUCAACUGCAGCAGAAUCAAACCCAGGAAGAACUGAAUCAGAUGCAACUGCAGAAGAAUCAAACCCAGGAAGAACUUAAUCAGAUUCAACUGCAGCAGGAUCAAACCCAGGAAGAACUGAAUCAGAUUCAUUUGCAGAGGAAUCAAACCCAGGAAGAACUGAAUCAGAUUCAACUGCAGCAGGAUCAAACCCAUGAAGAACUGAAUCAGAUUCAACUGCAGAGGAAUAAAACCCAGGAAGAAUUGAAUCAGAUUCAACUGCAGCAGAAUCAAACCCAUGAAGAACUGAAUCAGAUUCAACUGCAGCAGAAUCAAACCCAGGACGAACUGAAUCAGAUUCAAGUGCAGCAAAAUCAAACCCAGGACGAACUGAAUCAGAUUCAACUGAAGCAAAAUCAAACCCAGGAAGAAUUUAAUGAUAUUCAACUGCCGCAGAAUCAAACCCUUCAAGUGAAUCCAUCCCAUGAUAAAUAUCAAAUGCAAUUGCAGCAGUUGAAUAAAACAGAAGACCUCAAUCAGACACAGCAGCCGCUGAACGAAAGCACAACUCUCCAUGGUCUUAUUCCGCUCAAUAAAUCCCAGCUGUAUCAAUCACAUCAGCGGUUAAAUAAUACAUUUCACGAGCAGCUGGAUCAAACCGAGCAAAGACAGAACCAAAGCCAGGGACUGCAUCUGUCCGAGCAACUGAAUCAAGCUGAACUGCAUCUACAACAGCACCAGUCCCAGCAGCAGCAGCCAGAUCAUUUACAACAACUGUAUCUAACCCAACCUCAACCGCAUCAAACUCAGCAAGUGCCGAGUAAAACUCCACAGCAGCCGAGUCAAAAUUAUCUGAGUCAAAAUCAGCCGAGUCAAAAUCAUCUGAGUCAAAAUCAGUCGAAUCAAAAUCAAUCGGAUCCAUCCCAUGAGGAUCUACAUCAAAGUGAACAACUCAAUCAGCGGCUAAAUCAGUCCCAUCACGAGGGGUACCUAUCAGACCCAGAGUUAGAUCGAACCGAACAAGUGAAUCAAUUCCACGCGGAGCUGAAUGGAUAUCACCAGCAGCUGGAUCACACUAAACAGUUGAAUCAAUCCCAGCAUCCGCUCAAUCAAACCCACCGGCAACUGGAUCAAUCCCACAUAAGUAAUCGGUCCCAAAUGCUCGAUCAAUCCCGACACCUUCAAAGUGAAACCCAACAACCGAAUGGUCCCUACCAGCAGCUGAAUAGAUCCAACCAGGAUCUAAAUGAAACCCAGAAAACGAAUCAAAUGCAACAGGUGCAUCAAUCCAACCACGAGCAACAGCAGGUGGAUGAAACCCUCCAGCCGACCCCGGGUCUGCCGCUCCUCCCGCCUUCUUCCUCCUGUCCCGGGCUCCAAGCGGCUGAGGAGGCCCUCUCUCGGGAGUCCGGCUCCUGGAGCUGGGUCUUCAGGGUUCCCGAGGAGAAGUUGCUCAUGGAGUUCACGCACGUGUGGCUGGAGUCUCGCACGCGGAGUGCACGUGUACGGGCCUUGGUGAACGGGGAGGCCCUGCUCUUCUCAACAGCGCUGGGCCCCGAGGGGGACUCCCUCCAGACUCGGCUCCUCCGCAUAAUCGCCCCAGCCCUGCGGGCGGCGCGGGCACCCCGAGGCCCCCGGGGUCAGGGCCAGACUCGGGCGGCUGGGUCGAGGUCGGGUUGAAGGGGUUUUGGGGUCAGGGUUUGCCGUCAAGAGUCGAGGUUUGGGCCGAUGUCUCGGCUCUCUCAAGGUCGGGAGGGGUUGGGUCAAUGCCGUGACUGGUUCUGGUUGGUGUGGGGGGGGGGGUUGAGGUUUGAGAGGUCAAGGUCAUGGCUGGCUGAGUCAGAGUCAGCGUAUAGGUGCGUGGUCAAUCAGGGUCAAGGUCUGAUUGAAGGUCACGAUGAUGUCAGAGGGGUCAAAAUCACGAUCAAGGUUGUGGCCAGGGUCAAUGUUGAGCCGAUGGUCGUGUUCUACCACGCACAGCCUCGUCACGCGAAUGCAGGAUGAGAGCCAUCCCCCACCACGUGGGUCACGGGGGGUUAUUUGACCACGCUGGUCAGUGCAGGUUAGCGAAGUCGGGGUGGCUGGGGUUGAAAUACACGUGGCCCCAUCGAAAUACAGUACAUUACAACAACGUAUCCUUUGUGUCUUAUUACAUAAUAAUAAAAUAACAACAAAUAUUAAUGUUAUUUAAUGAAAAUAUUAUUUAGUAGUAAUAUUUUUUGUUAUUUUCUUUGAACCUAUCUACGUGACUUUACCGAAAGACCCAAAGAAUAUGAAUUCCUGCAGUCACGAAAGCUUUCGGUCAAGGUUUAUUGCAACAAAACGGUUUUGCUGUACCGCCCUCUGCUGCCCACAACAUAGAGGAGCCAACGCAACCGCCUCUGACAACCGGCGUAGACGGUGUUCAGAUAAAGAACGUGAAUCAAAAAUGAAUGAUGAAUCGCAACGAGCUCUCACCCGCCUUAGUGAAUAAAGGGCGUCGAUGGCAGGAGGUUAACGCAUCGUGACGGGUUCUUGCCUGGUUUAAAUGAUAAAGGGAUGCCAAUUACAAGGGAAUAAUGAAUCGCAUUAGACUUUCGCAUGGUGAAAUAAAUGCCGACAAGAGAAUCUCGGCGAGCUCGUGUCUGAUUAAAGAAAGGACGCAGAGCAGCAAAGACGAAGAGUUAUGGGUCUGGUCGGAAUCAGGACGUCAAACGCAAGAGACGAUGCAUCUCAAAUGAACGUUCACCUGGUUCAAUAAAGGCUGUCAGUCAACAAGAGAUGAUUGGCUCUCAACGGUCUCUUGCCUGGUCAAGGAAACUGAAAUGUAAAAUUGUAACUUGCUGACCCGCCCGUACUGGAUAACUGUGCAAAAACAGAACGUCAAUGUUCAUCGGAUCCCUCCAGUCUAAAUGAAGAUUCUGAUUCUGAUUAAACGCGUAAUUUUCUCGUUAAAAACAAAUCUGUACAAAACAUCUGCUUGUUUAUUAUCGAUACAAUUGUAAUGUUAUUUUAUGUAAAGUAUUUUCUAUCAUGUUUUUUUUAAUCGGUUAUUUUUUUAAUGUACAGUUUUGUU